AGUCAUAUAUUGGAGCGUGGCGAAUCAUUUCGAGAUCAAUCUUCGCGAAAGUCCAUACCUAGUCUGCCUGAGGAUCCCUCUGUUUCAAACAUCACAGGAACCUUAUUGCCCGUUUCUAACGACGACCGAACGGGCGGCGCCCGCGAUUUUGAGGAACGCCUUCAAUACGCCAUGCAACAAAGCCUGAUACUUCAAGAAAGACAACUGAAAGAUAUCGAAAUCCUACAAGAAGAGCUGGGGCAAGAAGCGAGCGGAAUGUCGAAUCGGGUUGUCAUGUCGAACAAAAGGGCGGUGAUUGAAAAAAUCCGCAAACCUCUGAAAGGAAUUUUGAAGAAAUCUGUAAUGAGGUAUGUUUUAAGGACCAAAUUGCCAGGGUUCGAAGUAACCGGUUGUCUAUAUACCAGGCGAUUAUCACAAACGCUGGUGUAAAAAUUGUGCGUAAGAAAUACCCAACCUGUCACCGUGGACAAGUAAAAAAUUAGGAAAAUUUCUAACCCUGAAAUGUGCAGCGUCUCCAAAAAGAUAAACUUGCUUCCAAUUUCCAACGUACUCCCUCCUUUUCUGAUGGCGCUGCACGAUGAUGACGUAGCGAAAGAGAGAGAGACGUGAAGCAAAGUCUACACGCGUAAAAACGCUCAGGUUGAUGCAAUACUGAAGAAAACAGGAUUGAACAAUGUUUUGCUGCCCACAUUGUUCAUAUACAGUGUAGCUGUCAACAGUAUUGAACAAUGUUGUUACACCCGAUUCAGGCUCAACAAUAUUGUUCAAUAUUGUUGACAAGUGUGAACAACGUGGGCAGCAAAACAUGGUUCAAUCCUGUUGAGCAGCGGGCUCGGCGUUUUUUUGCCGUGUAAUGUGGAGCGUGGAGUUUCUGGUUAAAUUAUUAUUCUGUGGUUAUAGGUACUUGUUUAGCUACCUGAAACGAGCGCGGCCAAGCCAUACAAAUUUAUACAACGAACUCGUUUCCAGAUCGCUAAACAAGUGUAAUCAGCUUUUUGAUAUGUCGAGGGUGGGACUUCUGAUUAAAUUGUUAUUCUGUGCCAUAACCAAACCACUCAACUAUUGUUCAAUUCAGUGAGAUACCAACAAAAUGUUGAUGUUUUCCCAUAACAGUGUUUCAACUCUAUUCGAGAGCCAUCAUCAUUGAAACAUGAUACAAAAUUAUGUCAUCUUCUUUUAUAGGCAAGCGAAGUUACCCAAACCAGCAUCAUGACCACAAUUGCAAACGGUAAGAGCAGAGCGUCGCUCUAAACUGGAAAAUGACCUACAGUAUUGCUCUAUGGCAAUGAUUAAAGCAAAAUUUUACACUUACUGUAUGUCUAUCGCGCAUUUUUGAAGUGAUAGACGGAACGUUCACAUGCAUGUGUUUUGUAACGAACAAAAGUUUUGUUCGUGGCCUAACCAGGUUUGCAACCAAAUUUGAGAAUUCCUUGGCAAAAGCUCUGAAAUUUCUUGGUUUCUCCUACAGUGAUUUACACUGUGUAUUCGGUUUUCACUGAUUUCACAUCUGAAAAUCACACCAGACAACAGGUUACAAAUUGUGCAAUUCAUAAAAUAUCCGAACUCUUAUUUUAAUUAUUAAUCUAAGGCAAUCAUGCAGAUGUGUGAUUCUAUUUUUUGUUUAGGCAGACCCAAUCUUCCCCACAGCCAAAGAAUAAUUGGCUCUGGCUACGAGAUUGGGGUGCCCUGAGAAAUUUUAAAAAAUCGAGGCUCAGAACGCCAAUUCCUGCAUUUCCGGGUAGUUAAAACUGUCUCAAUGAUUCAUAUACUGUUGUUACUGUAAAUUUGGAAUCUCUUCAAUUCCUUAAAAAAAUCCUUAAAACUUGCAAUUCCCUAAAAUAAUUCCUAAAACUAUGCAAAAUUCCUGUUUAUAAGAGAAAAAUCCUUAAAGUGAGAUCGCUAGGCCUAGCAAUUAUUUAAUGAAAAUAUAUUUAUUUAUUUAUCCAUUUUUAUUUGGUAUUUAUUCAAUGUUUUUUAUUUGUUUUGUGAAAAAACCACGCCUUUUUUUCUUUCGAUCCAUAAUAUAUAAAGAUAUAAAGUUUAAAUAUUAUAAAUAAUAUUAUAUAAAAAAAUAAAUACAGUAAUAUAAUAAAUAUUGAUAUUACAAUAAUAUAUAUCAAAAAUAAAUUCUCAGUCUUUGAUUGGUUUUGGUUUCUUUUUAAUUAAUAAAAAAAGUCAAGAUUACAUUCUACAGUAUAUACUGUACCUUAUUAUAGGAAAUUAACGAUGCACUUAAUUAACGAGGAUUUUAAAAAUUCUCGUUAAUUUAAUUAAUGUUAAUUUAUGUGAUCGUUAAUUUUAAGUAUGUAAUUUUCAUUUAUCGUUAGUUAAAAAUACUUAGAUUUGUUUUAUAUAACACUAACUCUCUUAAUAUCAAAAUAUAGGAUAUUAACAUCAGUGCUCCUCUAAACAUUAAACCUUCGUUGUUGUUGUGUCUAUAUUUUCCCAUUCGCGUUAAUUUAAUUAAUUUGUCACCCAUGGAGAUCAGAUUCGAGUUAAUAUACUGUAAUCAUGCUUUAAAAGACCUAGAAGCAAUCCGCGUUAAUUUGAUGUCGCGUUAAUUUAUGUCGCGUUAAUAAAGUGCAUCGUUAAUUUCCUAUAAUAAGGUAGUUCUCUAAGUACAUUAAAUGCUAUUGUUGUCACCAUGGAUUGUAACAUUACAAUCCAUGUUGUCACUGAGCUAUCGAUGAAUAUAUUUCGUAGAAUAGGUAAUGAACAUUAUCUCUACAUGUCUAGCAAAGUAAUUUAUGAAAACAGUGUGGGUUAAAUGCUAUUCUGUUCACAAAUGCUCCACUUCAAAAAGAAAUCAAACGGAAAAGUUGAUUUUGGAAUUUGGAAAAGUUCACUUUAGUUGUUGUAGUCGUUGCUGCUAGCCGAGGCAGCAAACACAACAACUCGCAGGACAAUGAUGAGUGGAAUUAUGAUCAAGCCACAAACGAUAGCGGCGUAAGCCAAGUUUCUUGCACUUUGUGCUGACGCCACGGCUCCGGCAUAGUCGCCAGCCAUGUAACGAUUUCUUGCCUAGAAAUAAAAGGAAUGGACUUUAAUUAUCUAUACUCUUUGGUUAAAGUUUCCUGCAUGGUUAGGCUAGAAAAAAACACUAUUUGGCUAACUUAAUAUUUCUGGUUAAAUUUCGUGGUUAUUGUAUUUCACGUCCUACCAUAAUCUGGUUAAUAAAGUGUAUAUGACAUGAAAUUUCUUAUUUUCGUAAAUGAAAGAACUCUUCUAAGCUGUAGUGUAACUUAUUUUUCAGUUUCUUGUUUUUAUGGUUUGUUCCCGAGAUAUUUCAAUUUGUUUGAUAUGUAAAUGUUGUGAAUAUGUCCGCUAAUUUAUGACGUCACAUUGGUUGCAAGCUCAACUUACACUUGUUAUAAAUGUUUUAACUCUAAAAACUGUAGAUAUCUGUUGACGUUUUUCUCCAGUGUUUCAUCACAUUUACCAGUGAGUGAAGUUUGAAAUUAUCAUCUUGGAUGAUAGCAGUGAUAUUCAACCAUUUCGAAGAGCUUGCAACCAAUGUGACGUCAGAAAUUAGCGGACAUAUUCACACUCAUUUACAUAUCAAACAAAUUGAAAUAUCUCGGGAACAAACCAUAAAAACAAGAAACUGAAAAAAAUUCAAGUGGCUCUAAAAUUUUUGCUUUUUACCAAAAGCAAACUACUACACUCGUAGCAUACUUUUAAUAAGCUGAAAAUCAAUUUUGGGUUGCGGGCACUUCAAAAAAUAACAAGGAGAUUUAAGAAUAUUAAUUAAGUUGACCGAAAUAGCCUAGUUAAAGUUCAAAGCAAACUCCUGUCUAUAAAUUUGGAAAUAUUUUUUUCCGAAAUCUUAUCUGGAUCAUAUAUACACUAGAUAGCACAUCUCUUUUAGUAAAAUUGAAGCCAAGAAUAUUCCAGCGGUUACCCCCACUUGAAUAGAUGGCGGCCAUGUUGGAGUUUCCCGCUCGCUAAUAAACGCUUAAAAAACAACAAUAACUUUCAUCUUUUGAAUAGGUUGAAAAUGUAUUUGGAAUAGGUUUAACUUAAUGUUUAAAUUCCCUGUUUAAGAAAUAGAAAACAUACGAAUGUUCUCAUUUCAUGGGAAUAUCCUGAGUCUGCAAUCACGGCUUCAAUUUUUGAAUUGCAGAAUAAUUAGAUGCACUAUCUAGUGUAUAUAAGAUAUCUAUGGUCUGGAUCGACAGGAGGUUGCUUCUCUGAAGUUUCGAAACAAACAGAUGUGCAGAAAUAUACUCUCAGUCUCAAAACAACAGUCAGACCAAAACAACAGGUUAAAUUUUAACCCAGUGUUAGCGCUAACCCACCUGCACCAGGAUAAUACUAAGCUAAUCGAACUCACUAAAAUUUACAAUACUACGUUAAGACAAAAUAGCAUACAUUACAGACAACAAAAAGCGAGUUAGGUAAGAGAUUGGCAAACGGACUCGAAGUCCCAACAAGGCAAACCCCACGCGUUAAUAAUUACAACUAACGCCUGUGUUCCAAAAGCUCACUCACACCCAAUAAGUGGAGGUUCAAUCUGAGCUUCCCUUGAGUGUCAAAUGUCAAUGCUGUUUUUGAAUACAGUAGCUGGAGGGUCAGUGCCGUACCGUACUAUGUGACUACUCACCCUCCAGCUAUUCAAAAACGGCAUUGACACUCAAGGGAAGCUCAGAUUGAACCUCCACUCAUUAGUGUGAGUGAGCUUUUGGAACACAGGCGUAAAACUACACUGUGACAACAGAAAAUACGCAUAAACGUUCUCUAAAUACUACUGAGCAGAAUACGCCAUUCCUCGUCUAACGCUAAUUUCGGAACUCUAACCUGGACCUAAUGUCAACAUUUUCUAUGAUUGCGGAAUAACUCUGUUCAGCUACAAAUCCGCUAUACUCUUUUCAAAUUCCCACUUAAAACAUGGCCCAUCUCUCACCUCAGACGAUUUCAUGAUGGCAAAGAUUCCAAUCGGCCAACAACAGCAAAGGCAGGCGAAGAUUGAUAACCCCAUUUGAUCAUUGACAACAGGAAUCACUGCAGCUACCAUUUGAGGUUGAUU